AUGGAGAAUAACUCUGAAAUCGUGUUUGUGCUUCACGGUCUGAACGACUCUCUGACGAACCGGCAGGUCUACUUCGGCUUCGCCCUCAUGUCGUACCUCUGCACCAUCUUCGUCAACCUGACGCUCAUCAUCACCGUGUGCGUGGAGAAGACGCUGCACCAGCCCAUCUACAUCUUCGUGUGUAAUCUGUGUUUUAACGGGAUCUGCGGAGCUUCCAGUUUCUACCCGAAGCUACUUCACGACCUGCUGGCCGACUCUCAUGUAGUCUCCUACGCCGGCUGUCUGGGGCAGAUAAUGGCGGUCUACAGUUACGUGUUCUGUGAGUUUGCCAGUCUGACCGUCAUGGCGUACGACCGCUACAUCGCCAUCUGUAAGCCGCUGCAGUACCGCACCGUGAUGACGCCGCAGAAGGUGGGCCAGCUGCUGCUGCUCACCUGGUGCUUCUCUCUGCUGGAGAUCACGGUGGGAGUCCUGCUGACGCUGCGGCUGCCGCUCUGCGGACGGCACAUCCACAAGAUUUUCUGCACCAACUGGGAGGUGGUGAAGCUGUCGUGCACCAGCACCACCCUGAACAACGUCUACGGCUUCGUGCUCAUUUUCUUACACUGCUCGCAGACCGGACUCAUCCUGGUGUCCUACGUUCAACUGGUGCGAGCCUCGCUCCGGUCUCGCUCCGACCGCAAGAAGUUCAUGCAGACGUGCCUGCCGCACCUCACCACGCUGCUGGUCUUCCUCGCCUCGCUGAUGUUCGACACGCUGUACUCUCGCUACGGCGGCAGCUCGCUGCAGGCGCUGCAGAACGCGCUGGCUGCAGAGUUCCUGGUUGUUCCUCCGCUCGUCAACCCGAUCAUCUACGGCAUCGUCCUGCAGCAGAUCCGCUCCAAGAUCCUUCCCCACUUCAGACCACAGACCAAGAUGUCUCUCACAUGA